AACCGGAACCAGUCACGUUCCAAACGUGGGACCUUGUAGCCCUGGUUUCCAUCCUGAUAUACGUUCGUUCUUGUUAAAUUAACGCUAUUGGUUGAGGACAGAUGAGGAUCUCGGGAUUAGUCAUGAGAAGUAUGAUUGGAUCCAUCUUCUUUUUGUGCUUCAUGGCUCAAGCCGAGCCCAUCGUUACAUUGGAGGAUGAAUGUACCAGUCUGAAAUGCGCUCCCAUCACUUGUAUGACGGUGUCGGUUUGUCUGAAGAACGAAUUCCUCUCUCGAUCCAUCUUCGACAAUCGCCUAAAGAGGGAGAUAAAUGAUACUGAAUUGGAUAUAGAUUGGGGAUUGGUUCGACCCAAGGUGUUGACACUGGGAGCCAUAGAGUCUGCUUUGGAUUAUAAUUUGACCCUGGUGAAUGGACGCCAGCGAAUUGGUCGUAGCACUUACCAAGCAGUUGUGGAAGCCUUGGCAAUGGAAUUGGGCGUUGACUACGAAUUAGUGCUGGUCACUCCGCUCAAUCGGGAAGAGACUGUGAGCUCUGGCAAACCUGGAACAGUGAUGGACAAGUUUGCACAUGUUGGGACAAUGCUUGAAAAGGGAGUAAGUCGACUGUACUACUGAAGAUUUACAAUGAGAUUGGGUCUUGAUCGUUUACAUUAGAUAAGGAUGGGUC